CUACACGGAUGUAUUUAAGUCAAGGACAGUUGAUUUGCGCCGCCCAGUGUUUUCCUUUAAAGCAGGAAUCAUAACAGAACACUUUCGAUGUGUGUACGCUAUGUAUUGUCUCUUCAUGGAGGUCGUUCAUAUAAAAUAUAGUUAGCGUUUCAUUAGGGAUGUUUUUUUAUUUUUUAAAUAGCGCCUCACGUUUUUAAAUGAGGUUUUAUCUGACUGUGUGAGAGAGGCAGAGUUUGUGAGGUGAAAAAAAGUUUCUCUAGAAGUUUUAUUUUUAAAAUUUUCCUCAAACCAUGGCGUGUGAAGGAAACGGUAUGUCAGAUGCGAGGAUAGGGGAGGCCCUGAUCAAAGAGGUGAUAGAGGAGGAGCUGAAGGAAGUACCCUCCGAGGACUUCCCACCCCUUACUCCGCAGGCAGACUUAAAGGACCAGGAGCAGAAGUUGGUGAUCCAGCUGGCCAAAAUGAUCUGCAUCAUUGGGGACAAGGUCCAAGGCGACCAGGAGCUCAAAGAUGUGAUAGAUGGGAUAGCUUGUUCUUCCCGCUCUAAUGUUGACAGCUUUAAGGAAGUGGCAGACCAAGUGUUUCAAUACGGGAUCAGCUGGGAGAGGAUCGCUGUGCUCUUCUACGUAGCCGGAAAGCUGGCUGUCAAGAUGGUGAAGGCACAUCUCCCUCAAUCAGUGAGGGAGAUCCUGAGGUGGACCGUGGAUUUCUUCAGAAACAAUCUACUGGGCUGGAUCCGGGAACAUGGAGGAUGGGCUUGGGGACCUGGCUUAUCAGACCAAAUCAGUAGUGAAAAGUCUUUAAUUUAUGUUUUGAAGCUCACAUUAGCAAAGUCACCAAGACAGCAUUCUUCCACCUGAGAAAUGUGGCCAAAGUAAGACCGUUCCUAACAAACCAGGAUGUGGAAAAAAAUGUUUUCAAGAGAGCACAUUACUCAUGUUUUAGCUACCCUACACUGGCUUUGUGAAUUGAUUUUAAGGUCUUUUUACUCACAAAGCCCUUAAUGAGAUCCUUCCUACAUUUUAUACCUUUUUAACUCCUUAUCAACCAACAAGAGCCCUCAAAUCCUCUCAUUCUGGUAUUUUACUGUUUCCAAAGUAGCCCACAAAGCAAGCAAAUCUGCUUUAAGCUACUAUGCUCCAAGACUUUGGAACACCUUGCCCAGGUAUAUUAGAAAUGCCAGCUCUGUUGACUCUUUUACAAUUCAACUGAAGACUUACUUAUUCAGGCUGGUAUUUAGUUAAUGUGGUUCGCUUUUUUCGUCUUGACACUUUUACUACUUUUAGAUUUGUCCCUUUUUAUUUUUCAUAGUUUUCAUUCUAUUCUUGUGGACGUAUUUAUCUUAUGUUUUUAAUGCCAUUCUGUAAAGCACUUUGAG